GGGGUGGGGGGUGGGGGGGAAUUUUAAGCGAAAUUAAAGUGUCCCGGGCACCAGGCGGAGGGUUGAGGCUGCAGCCCUGCGUGUCGGAGGGAUUGCCAAUGGUGCACUAUGACAGAAAGCGCUGCACGUAUCUGCAGUAGGCGCCCCUCAUAUUCCUAGCCCCGCGUCGGAUUCUCAGGAUUUGGCGCAACAAAACAAAAACAAAACAAACAAACAAACAAAAAAGCAAAAAUAACCGAUUGGAUGCUGGCACUGGUAUCCCAUUUUGGUGGUCCUGCAUUGUCAUUUUGUUUAAAAGACCGGACGCCUUUCAAUGUCUAGAGGCGCGUGUACAGAGAUGCCCUGCGGCUGAAGCCGAGAAUGCAUUCAAUCAAGCGCUCUGCAGGAGCGUGGUGAUGAGAUGGAUGGAGCCAAAGACCAACCAGCUCCCACAUCCCAGCAUGUCCAACGGCAGCAAGUCCCCCCCACAGUCGGGAGAAGCUGCAGGCUCUAACUCCAUGGCAUGGGUGAAGAUGUUUAAGAAGCCUGGAGGAGGAGGAGGCCUGAAGAAGUCCUACCAGCCUGGCAGUAUGUUGUCUCUGGCUCUCACCAAAGGCCUCCUGAACGAGCCCGGACAGAAUAGUUGCUUCUUGAACAGCGCUGUUCAGGUGCUUUGGCAGCUGGACAUUUUCAGGAGAAGUCUGAGGCACCUCUCAGGGCACUUUUGUCUGGGUGAUUCCUGCAUUUUCUGCGCAUUGAAGAGCAUAUUCAGUCAGUUCCAGCAGAGUCGUGAGCGCGUGCUGCCCUCGGACAGCCUGCGAAACGCCCUCGCCGAAACUUUCAAAGAUGAGCAACGCUUCCAACUUGGCCUCAUGGACGACGCUGCCGAGUGCUUUGAGAAUAUCCUGGAGCGCAUUCAUCUGCACAUCGUCUCAGACACGGCCCCCGACUCUUGCUCCUCCAAAUCCUGCAUCACCCAUCAGAAGUUUGCCAUGAUGCUUUACGAGCAGUUUGUGUGUCGCUGCUGUGGCGCAUCGUCGGACCCUCACCCUUUCACAGAGUUGGUACACUAUGUCUCAACCACUGCUCUGUGCCAACAGGUGGACCGCACAAUGGCGCGGACCGAGCGUCUCAGGUCGGACAUGUUUGGAGAAUUGCUGCAGGCAGCAAACAACACAGGCGACCUGCGCAGCUGCCCCAGAGACUGCGGUCAAAGCAUCAAGAUCCGUCGGGUGCUCAUGAACUGUCCAGAGAUUGUCACCAUUGGAUUCGUUUGGGAUGCAGAGCAAUCCGAUCUGACGGACGAUGUCAUCCGGUCACUCGGCCCACGCUUGAAUUUGUGUGGACUUUUCAACCGUGUCACUGAUGAAAAUGCCAAGCGGACUGAGCUCCAUCUGGUGGGAAUGAUUUGUUUCUCCAGCAAACAUUAUUCGGCCUUCGCUUAUCACACCAAAUCUUCCAAAUGGAUGUUUUUUGAUGACGCCACUGUAAAAGAGAUUGGCUCCAAAUGGAAAGAUGUGGCUUCUAAAUGCGUCAGGGGACACUUUCAACCACUUCUUCUGUUUUACACGACUCCUGAGGGCACGCCAGUGUCUAACGAGGAUGCACCAAGGCAGACCACCAUGUGCCCUCGAUACAAAGGCCAAGUCAACGGUGAGGUGACAGUGAAAAAUCCCCUCUGCAGUCCAAACAGAUUCCAGGAAGCUUUUAUGGAGAAUUUUCAGAGAGUCAGUGAAACCACAAAAAAGGACAGAGUGCACACGAGAAUAGAUGCUUCCCACCCCAAAGAUAUGACCCACACAAGAUCCUCGUCUCCUCCCGAGAACGGACCAAGGGAACAGAAAUGUAAAAGCUAUCCCCGCAAUGAGAAGUCAACAAGCCAUUCGGUCAGAGCAUCUCAGGAAGCACGUGGGCAAUUCCGACCCACGCAGGCUGGCGGGCACGGCAGGAAGAAUCACCCCUCGCCCAGUCAUUCUGACCAGGACAGCUGCCAUGAUCAGUGGGAAAACAGCGGGAGUGGAGGAAGCCGGAAUAAGUGCAAGUCCACCUGGAGACCCAUUCGUGAGGUGCUAAAUGUGGAUACUGUUCUCAACGAGCUCGAGCAGCGUCGUCAACAGCAGCACGACAGCCCUCGGCGCGGCAAGACAGAACGAGCGCAGGCCGAACAAGGUCGGGACCGCGAGCGGGAGCAUGCACGGACCAGGGAGGAUCGCAAGCAGAAGUGUUUGAUGACCAUUUACGAGGACGAGCAACGUCACGAGACGGAGAGCCACAGCUCAGUGGAAUCGGACAGCAGGGCCACCCAGCAGAGGGGCGGCAGGCUGACGGGGGGCGCCAAGACGCUGCUGCGGAGUGACACCUGGACCAUCCAGAGGACCGAGUCGGGAUAUGAGAGCAGCGACCGGCUCAGUAGCGGAUCCACUAAUCCUGACUCGCCCGGCGUUGAUGGCUUUGCGGUCAAAGAGCAGAGGUCAGCAACGGAAACCCAGUUCCAAAGCCAGCUGCACCCAAAGGCAGGCGAUGAAAAAUCCACUGUAACGUUGUCACCAUCACACAAUGGUAAACAUCAGGCAAAACCUCAGGGAAAGAACCAUGACCAGGUUUCACAUUCACAUCUGAAGUGCAGUCCAGGUUCAAGGCGCAAAUGCAAGUACACGUCCAGUACUUGCAGAAAGACUUGCGAGUGGGAGUGCGUGGCUGCAGAUAACAGGCAGAGCGACCAGCAGGAGCUGACAAGCGGUCGAGGCCACGCGGGGGAGUGCGCGGCCUCGAGGCACGUCACCAAGACCAGCAGCUCCGAGUGGAACAGCUCAGACGACCUCGCUCUCUCCGAGCCCGAGGAUAGAGACGCUUACCGCCCCGGCGCCGCCGCCUCUGACCCGCAGUGUCCUCACGUCCCACUGGCGUACCGCCACCCCCCCGGCAACGCCGCCGCAGACCCUCAGCGCCAGCUAGGCACGCCGGGCACGGGUUCGCCUCACCUCCGACCCGGCCAGCUGCUUUCCCCUCAUCUGGGCGAAACGAGCGAUGCCGUGUUCCGCCCCAGGAUGCUUCAAGAACCUUUCCAGGCCAGCCCUCGCCACAGGAAGACCGACAUCUCCGGCCUGCGGACCUUCUCGGACGCCAGUUCCAAGUCGGGCUCGGAUCCGGAGAGGAGCACGCCGUCGUCGUGCGAGAGCGAUGACAGACUGGUGGCAGGGUGCCGAGCGGAGCAGGCGCCCCCCGCUCAGGAGGUUUCUCUCACCACGUACUUCAACGUGGACAACUGUAUGACGGAAACGUACCGCCUCAAGUACCACAACCAGAGGCCUCUGCUGCUGUCGGCCACUGUGCCGCGAGCCGCGGGCCUGUCGGAGCACAGGGACGUUUCGCACACGCUCUCGUCCGACACGCAAGACGUGCCAAAAGCCAAACCCGAAUCAAGCAAUACGAGCAAUAAGCCCACCGCGAAAUGGAACCCAGUGACAGCCAAAGGCCUGGAUGAACGAGGCUUUUUAUGAGUCUACCGUUCUCUUUUUGUUUUGUUUACAUGCAUCAACUGUGCGGUCACAUGAGAUUGAAAAUGGAUGCCAAAGAGUUUACAGAGGUGGAAAUACACUAUGUGGACAAAAGUGUUGGGACCACGUGCCGUUACACCCGCAGGGAGUGAAAAUGUGCUGCUAUUAUGAUAAGGCGUCGGUCGGAGUGUAUCUGUUACAAUGUUUGGCCUGGUUACAAUUGUUGUCGUUCAUCCUAAAUGUUAUUGACCUCAAAUUCUGCACCACACUCACCCAAGCAUGCCUUUCUGGACCUUGCCUUUAUGACCUUAUUUAUAACUCUUCCCGCAAUGCCUAGAAGUGUCCAAAAUGUAAGCGGGGUACACACAAAGUCAUCAAAGGGCUGAUUAUUGGAUGUCUCUGAAAGAUUAUCCUGAGCGUUAAUCCUGUGGUGUGGGGUAGUGCUGUGCGAUUACACUAUGAAAACAUCUACCGUACGAUAUGCUCCUCUCGUUUAUAUCAUGAUUUUAACGUAUUGGGUUAGCAAUGUUGCUAUGCUAAUGUAGCAUCCGAGACGGUAACAGCAGCAGUCGCCUUUCUUUUACGUCAUCCUUCUGCCUCACUCGCCAGGCAUGACUAAUUGAUUUACGCUCAAGCCAACUGUUUCCUGCAUGCUGAUUUUCGUCGUACUCACUUUCAUUGCUCCUGUGACAGUGACAAUUAUCGGUAAGUUCUAUUCUAUAUAUUUAUCAGAAUAUAAAAGUACCUAAAUGGGGAUAUAAAAUUUUGUCCAUAUCACAUAGCACUAGAGUUGUGUUAAGAGUGUUUAUUUUAUUUUUUCUCCUCCCCAAUCUGCUCGAAAAUUGGUCAGGGACAACAAUCGUAAUUGUUAAACCUUAGCAAUGUUUACAAUCGCAUAUCCUUGUUGAGCAGAGCCACGGACUCCGUGAUUGUAUCGAUAGCCAAUUAGGAAGCGAAUUGAAUCUCACGCUGUUGUCGGACCAAACCCUUAGUUUUGUCUUAUUUUUUUCUUCUACUAUUCUUUAUCUUCUUUGUAUUUUCCCUGCCCUGUGGCACUAUGCUGCCUCUCACAGGUCUGUCUUGGCAUAACGGAAGACAAUUUGGAUUGUCUCUCGAUUGUCGGUGGAGAUAUAAUUUUGUUUGCUCUGGUGUGUUCGUCAUUACAUGAUAAGACGCUUUUCCUCCUUAUGUGUGGGGUCUCUCACAUUUAAAAAAUCGGUAUGUGUGUACCCCGCUUAAGAUUAAUUCAAAUUCAAGAUGAGAACAGCAACCCCUGAUUGGUUAAUUAAUUAAUCAUGAGUCUGUCCCAAAUAAUUUUGUCCACAUAGCGUGACUCUUCUAUACUGAGUGGAAUUUAUUUAUGAAAGCUCAUCACUUAUAAGUGAAGCUUCGUUUAAAUAUGAAAGAUGUUCUUUAGCCGGCACGGUGGGCGACUGGUUUGCACAUCUGCCUCACAGUUCUGGGGACAGGGGUUCAAAUCCCGGCCCCGCCUGUGUGGAGUUUGCAUGUUCUCCCCGUGCCUGGGUGGGUCUUCUCCGGGCUCUCCGGUUUCCUCCCACGUCCCAAAAACAUGCGUGGGAGGUUGAAUGAAUUGCCCGUAGGUGUGACUGUGAGUGCGAAUGGUUGUUUGUUUAUAUAUGCCCUGCGAUUGGCUGGUGACCAGUUCAGGGUGUACCCUGCCUCUCACCCGAAGAUAGCUGGGAUAGGCUCCAGCACCCCACGACCCUAGUGAGGAUAAGCGCUAAUGAAAAUGGAUGGAUGGAUUAUUUUAUUGUUUUAUGCAUUGUUAACGCUCUCUUUCGCACGCACGCACUUGUCUUCCACUUUUCCUGUUUCACCAUCUGGACAGUUUUACACUGAAUCCUAUUUUAGACAUAUUAUGCAAAAUCAGAUUUUAUGAUAUAUAUAUAUAUUUUUUGGUUGUUCUAAUUUUUUUUGUAAAAACCUGCAGAGGUGCCGCAGUGGAGCGGAACACUGCGGAGUGUCGGUCCUUUUAGAUAUGAACUUGUGAUGACACGGCAGUAUGAUGUCAUACAUUCCCACUGAAGAGCAUUACAUCAUCAAUGCUGAAGGCAGUUACAUUGUGAAUGAAUACUACACUAUGGUGGCUCCCUGCAGGUUGAACUUUAUCAAAGAUUGGGAGGUGAAGUGCAAAAUAUACACCAUCAGUGUUUUUAUGAUAUUGGCUUUAUAUACAACCAGAGUGGAGUGUGAUUAAAGUGUUAAUUUAAAAUACUUUCACAAAAAUAUGACAUUUCAUUUUAAAGAGUUACAGUCAUUUUAUGGAGAGUACCUUUAUUAACAGGGGUUUUAAAAUAUUUGCAACUAUGAGCAUAAGUUAGGAGACAUUAAAAAAGCAAGACAAUGGCAUGUGCUAUCAGAUGUGACAACAAAAAUGUCAUGGAAAGUCUUCUAGAACAUCUGAACUUUAUCUGGGGUUAAACAGAGGCAUUUUAAAUGGUGGCAGGUGUGUGCCAACUCCUAUUUAACAUGAGCUUGAAUGUAAUCCAUUCUGAACACAGCCAUACCCCCAGUUAUAAGAGGGUGUGCAACCAAAUUUUCUCAGUUUGUUUUUACUUCCCCUCUUGAAAAGAUUUUUAUUUUUUUUAUUGGUUCAAUUCAACUGUACAGGUUAUAGUUCUCAUUAUGGUGAAAACAGUUGUGAAAUUAGCUUGGCAAAGCUUGGCAUUAUCAAGGGGGGUGUAGACUUUUUAUAUCCACUGUAUAUAUACUCUCUGCUUACAUUGAGCCUAAACCGAUUGGAUAGAUGCAUAAUGACCCUUAUUAUGGGUUGAAAGCAACUCAAGACAUUUGUAAGUGAACAAAUUCACAUAUUUUUCAAUGGCCAAGUCAGUGGCCUGAUCCAAACCCAUUAGAGGAUGCAUUUGACUUACUGAAGACAUAAGCAAAGACAACAAGAGCCGUAAAGGAGUAGCAAGCAAGGCAGGUAGUCGAAUGCUGCUGACAAUGAUAGCACUUACCUCCGAAUACCCUUGGACCCCUGAAAUGGAGGUACAGUCAUGUUUUUGUGAAUAAUCUUAAAUUAAAAUUCAGUCUCCACUCCAAUCACACUGAUUGUUUUAUUUCAAAUCCAUUAUGAGGGUAUUUGGGGGCAACCAAAAACAUCUGCAGGUCACAUUGCAACAUAAGCCGUUAUCACUUAGUCCAAAUUGGCGCCACGUAUCGCUUCUUUUUUAUGACCUGCCAGCGUUAAUGAGUGAUGGAGGAUCGUACAAAUGUGUCGAUAAAGAUUGUUUUGUGGAGUCAGUGAUUUGAAGUGAUUGCAAACAGAUUAAAGGCCUCCACGUGGGAAUAUGUACAAAUAAGUUGCAUGCCAGCCGCCCACAAACGAUGCAAACCUUUUUGCGUUUUACCCUCCAUUGUUUUCCCGUAUUCAAUUGUACUGUUUACGUUUCUGUGCGCACGUUUGCUGAAUGAUACAAAUGAAAUUCAUACGCCAAUCCGACGUCAUGCUGGGAUCAAAUUCUCAAAAUGUCCCACAAAUUCCCCAAAUGUGCAUGUGGCCUUUACCAAGUCUUACUAGCUUGCUUGUUACAGCAAAAGCAUGAGCAUGAAAAUAGUCCAAAACAACAUGAACUAUCCAAUAUUUAUUCAAACGUACUAAUCCGAUUGCUGUUUGUAGUUUCAACUGUUUUUUUUAAACACUUGAAUGUUCUUAUUCUCUUGUUUAUACGAAUGCAUCUGUUGUAAAUAUGACCGUAUGAAGCAAACAAUGGACUUACAAACUGUCCAUAGUUAUACUAUGCAUUAAGUUGAUAAGGUUAUUUAGACAUUUGUAAAGAUUUUGUUGCAUCUGUAUUCUCCCAAACAUAUCUAAAAACAACAUACACUCAUUGGACACUUCAUUAGGUACAUGUGUACACAUUAUAAUUAUUAUUAUGUUAUUUUUAUCUUAUAUUUAUGUAGCAUAUGUCAAGGGAAAAAUAAUCCAAUUCAAGACAAACAAAUUGGCCUUUACAGCUCGGUUUUGAUUCACACGGUCGCAGAAUUAUUCAUUUUGCAGUAUUUUUAUUAUUGUGGUUGUUUGCAGGGUUAUUUAACUGUAGUGCAUCAUACUUAGAUUAAAGUUGUAAAAUGUAAA